UCCACUUUUCAUAAAAUCCAGUAAACCCAAUAAAUUACAUUAAUUUAUGGAUAAAAACUAUUUUUUUAUUUAGAAAGCAGCUGCUGGUUUGUUGCGGGAUCUGGAGUCAUAAGCGGUGUCUGAGCUCCUCCCCGCCUCUGUACCUGUUCAGAUGUUCACGUCCUCUGCAGCCAAGUUGGUUUGCCCCGCGCGUUAACCCCCCCCCCCCCACACACAUACGCGCGCGCCGCGCACAUGCGUACGGGCUGCUCCAGUGUAUUCUUCACAGAGUGCAAAUACUGUAAUUACAACAAGUACACACGACAGUAAGGGUGCCCUUGCGCACAUUUCAUUAACUUGGACGUGGAAAUGAGCGGUUUUAGUCUAGAAAAACUGCGGGGGGGGGGGCGGGUACAUUUUUGGGGUGCUCGUGGCACGAGUCGUGCAGGAAGAUUGUGCCCUAGCCAGUGGCUUCACUAAUAUGGUUGAAUUGUGUAAAACAAAUCAAUGACUCCGAUGUUUAAUCAAUCUCAAUCAAGCUUCUUUUCAUUGAAAGAAAAGAUAACACGUUUGCUUACCGACACCGUCAUCGUCCAUGUGCACAUCCGGCUGGUCCACAGUUGAAGUUUCCCUCUCCUUCGAAAUUCCCGCUGUUGACUUUUUCCUCUUUUUUCCGACAGUACCUGGAUUUAUCGCGGUAGUUUGCGCAUUCCCGCUGGGGUUGGACAUUUUACCAGACCGUGUGUUCAUCUCUAUGCCUUGAAAUCAAUUUAAAGAACUUGCUACGUGACUCGUGAGUGAAGGAUGGGCGCAUCUGUCUAGGUUGUCGCCGGCUGCAACUAAUCAAAAUGGGCCUACAACGGUGAUUGACAAGAUGAUAACCAGCCGAUAUGAUGGGGGAGGCCGCAUGGCACCGCCCUCAGCCCAUGAAUACGAAUAUGAUUGGCUUGGUUUAUCCUCAUCACACCGAUUUAUUAUAGUUUGCAAUUCAAACGUAAUCUGGCGGGAGUUAGUCACUGAAGCUCAGGAAUAGUGUGGUGAGUGCGCGAAAAAACGGAGGAUAAGAAAACUAAAAUCAUGCCUGGUUUAGCCACUGAGCUAAGACAGCUUAUCGAAGGAGAAACUAAAUCUACAAGGAGACACAAAGUCUUAAUCAAAUGGCUGCAGAAGAAAAUACUUCUAAGAAGACGGAUGAGAUGCAAAGAAUGCAAACACAAGAUGAAAUUCAGGGAAUCAGUCUGUGUGGAUAACUAUGCAUGGAUUUGCAAACACCACAGCCACAAAGGAAGGAAACUGAAGAGGUCUGUUAGACACAAAUCUAUAUUCAGCAAAUCAAAGGUCUCCCUCUUCAACUGGAUGCGGUUUCUCUACAGAUUUGCACAAGGCCUGCGCCUACGUCAAGUGGACAUGAUAAGUGACGACAUUUCUGGGAGCUCAGCAACACUGUCCAAGAUGGCUCGAAAGCUGCGAGAUGUUUGCACCACUGCAAUGGACAAAUAUCAGCAAGCAAGAGGCCAGUACAUCGGGGGGCAGGAGCAGUUUGUCACAGUUGAUGAGAGCCACUUUAGACAUAAAAGAAAGUAUGGACGGGGACGAAUGGCUGGUGGGUGGAAGAGGAAGAAGUGGGUGUUUGGGAUGCUAGGUGUUGACCGGAGGGGGAGAAGACAUGCUAAACCUAUUCUUCGCUUGGUCGAGAGAAGAAGAAGGAGAGAUCUGGUGCCGCUUAUAGCUCACCAUGUUAAAGUAGGCUCUACAAUAAUAAGUGACGAAUGGCGGGCUUAUCACAAUGCUUUACCUGAGCUAGGUUACACUCAUUUCACUGUCAAUCACAGUGUGUCAUAUGUCGAUGCCCAAACAGGUGCACAUACUCAACACAUAGAGAGGGCCUGGAGAACAGUUAAGGAAAAUGUGUGGAGACUCAGGGGAAAUCGUACAGAAGAGUUACUGUUAGACCAUGUCAGAGUUAUUGAAUGGCAUGAGUGGCUUGGCCGUCAACAUCGCAAAGGGCCGCUAGGACGGGUAAUCCAUGACAUUGCUGUGAUGUAUGGACAUUAAAAGAUCUGUUUGACCAGCGUUCUGCUCAAAAAGUUCUAAAAUUCCGUUUUAUUCUGCUGAUCUGCCAUGUGACGACUCAGUAUGUGUGGAAAAGGAAUAAACAGUGUUCAACACUUAA